CAUCUCCUCUAAGCCAGUGGUGUUAAUUAUAAAUCAUGGGGAAACACGCUGCAGCUCUGAGUCGUUGUCCAGUGACAGGCAGUUAGCUGAUUUGUUUGCCAAAGAACAUUAAGAGCCUCUAAUCUUUAAUACCGGGCAGGUGAUCUGACUCUGCAGAACAUGCAAGGCUGUGGAUUUCAUUCCCUCUGCCACACAGCUCUUUCACCCUCCACAGUGAGGCCUGAGUUAAGUAUAGGGGGCUUCACUCUCUCCUGUUGUGUCGGCUGAACUGAGCUUUUCAUCGCUGAGUCUUGUCCAUCAGUCUGCAGCCCUGCCAAGCGGAAUGAAUGGAGCAUUUUGGGAGGAGGAUGAAAAGACUCCGCUCUAUGUGGGGUCUCUUCUCAUCAUUCCCUCACUGCAUAGACAAAGGGACACUUUUGUAUUGACACCAGGGUGUGUUGGAGUGCAUGCAUCUUUUGCACACAAUCAUUUGACCUACAUAUUUAAAAUGUGUUUAAAAUUUAUGUUGAAUAACGUCAUUUUAAUUGAUGUUUUUUGAGUGUAAUGUUAAUUUAAUUGACAUAUGAACUCCCCAGAAAUUAUCUUUACACCUUUAAAAAGUUUUACUGCUGCAACAAUAAUAAUACACAGGCUGUCAUGUGCAUUUGAGCCUUAAAUCUUGUUAAAAUGUGAGUUACUGGCAGUCAGAGGGCAUAAUUUCCACUUUCUUCUCCACUAACAGCACUGUAAUCGUAAUGGUCCUAAAAAUAAAAGGUGCAAACAACAUCAGUGUUUAAUCCGGUGAUGUGUGUGCCUCAGCCUUCACAGUCUGCUGCCUGCUGCGGUUGUGAGGCGGUCUGAAGGAGUCCGGGUCUGGAGUCAAAUUCCUGAACACGUAGGAGCUCCUCACGUUGCGCCAACACGACGCACGACGACGCACGGGCGCAGCGAAUAACGGAUUACUGAUCGACUGAUCGAUGAGGCACAGAUUCAUCUCGGCUCUAACUCCAGCCACAACAACCAACCUGAGAUGUUUUUCUGUUUUUUUCCACUCUUUUUUUUCCCCUCACAAGAAAAACUGACAUGAAGACAAAUCUGUUCUCUCCAGAUCGUCUGUCCAAGCGCAACUGAACCCACUUGUUUUGUCAAGAAUCUGCUGCGCACGGAUCGAUACUUUUGUUUCACCAGGAAAUGUUUGUUAUGGACUAAGAAGCGCGCGUAAAAGCCGGGUUCACACGUUAUUCCAAAGCGGCGGAGAAAAAAAAUGACAAGUCUGGAUUCACUUUUUUCCACAACGGAAAUGAGAUCAGUCCUGUCGCCUGGCUCCGCUUCUUCUGAAAACAUGGUCGAUGUAACUCCAUGUAGCGCCGGGAUCUGACACUCUUUGACUUCUGGCUACUAACAGUAUUUUUGGAUUUUGAUGGAAAGAUGUUUGCUGGACUUAUGGGGCUGGAAUGUCACAACAACUCUCUGCUUCACCACCGAGAAGUUAUGGAAGGUGGCAGAGCAUCAGGGACAGCUGGCAGCUCCGGCCGUAAGAGGCUCCAUCGAAGACCGGGGUACAUGAGAGGGGAGCAGUCCAGACUACAGAGCACUACUAAUGGACAGGAGGAGGAGGAGGAAGAGGAGGAGGAAGGGAGGACCACUUGCAUGAGGAAUGGAAAAUCUGGACGUCACACUGACAACACUGAGACAAACAGCACUCAGAGGAUGAGUCUCACACCUGCUGUCAACGUGUCCUUAAUAAAUCAGGAACAGCCUGAUAAACUCACAUGUAGCUCCUGGAAGAGUAAGAGUGCUACCUGCUCUGUUACCCCUCCUCUUCCUUAUGUGGACUGCAGUGCCGCUAAUAGCACACCCAGCCAUCAGGGUCCGUCCUCACUGCCACACAGUGAACUCAGGUUAAGCUCGAGCCCGGCACUACAGUCCUCAGCGCAGGACUCCUUUAACUCCAGCUUCAGUUUCAUCCAACAGUCGCUCAACUCCAGCCAGGUCCCAACCACUGCUACACCAGCCCGGGAACCAGAACCACUUAAUCAGUCAGCAAAAGCACCUAGUUCACCUCAAACAAAACCAGCAACUCAUGUCUCAAAGCAUUCAACUCCUGUCCAAUCACAGCCUCCCUCUGCUCCAGGCAGCCAGGCGGAGAGAGAGGAGCUGUCAUUAGGUGCGAGGUUUUGGCGGGAAUGUCUGUGGGGUGGCAGGGAGGUAACGCCCGACCUGCCCGAUUGCGACUCCCGAUCUCUGGACAUAGAUAUCACCUCCUCGCUGUCUGUGGACUCGGACACAGCCUCCGCCUCCUCUGUCACCUCCGGCUAUGAGAGUGCCACGCCACCCUCUGACCAAGGCUGGGACAACCUGAUGAAGAAGUAUGAAGGCGUGCUGCAAGACUGCCUCCAAAACAACCGCACACACACCAAGAUUGAGUCCAUGAUGUUGAAGCUGCAGAGACUCCAGCAGAAGGCCAUUUUGGAUGAUGACUAUGACGCAGCCGAGCGUUUUGGGAAAAAGUUGGAGGAGCUGUGCAGGGAGCGGGGAGCUCUGCAGCUGGGUUUACCCUCCAGACAGCCCAGCGUGGCUCGGUUCCUGGAGCGGCUCAGACAGGUGGUGCACAGCGCCCUCCAGAGGGCAGAAUGCAGCCAGCGCAGGGAGGGUGCAGAGCCUGAAGCAGGGGAGCGGUCCGACUCAUCUCAUCAAAGAGAUCGUCUGAUCCGAGAGAAACAGGUGGUAGAGGAGGAGAUAACCGAGCUGGAGCAGAGGCUGGCGGAGCUGAGGGACCGCAGUCGAUGCCUGGAGCAGCAGAUCCAGCAGGAGGAACAGCAGGUGGAGGCUGAGGAGCUGGAGGGCUCCGUGCUGAGGAGCUGCACCGUGGCCCAGCUGCGUGACAUGAGCCGAACCCUGCAGGACCUCGUCACCUCCGAAAACCGCAUGCAGAUCUCUGUCUCUCUGCCUUCCUCCAUGCUCAGGCUCCAGGAGCAGGAGCAGGCGAUGAAUCUGUCCAUCAAAGAAGCCACAGCUAAAGUGGUCAUGAGUCAAAGGCUGGGCAGCAGCCUGAGGAGGAAAGUCAGUGAGACUGAAACGCAGCUUUUGGCUCUGCAUGAAGCCAAACUGGCAGCCAUCUCAGGUAACGAUUUCAGCAGCGCCAAGGAGCUGAAGGCUGAGAUGAAGGCGGUGUACCUGGAGCGCGACCGGCUAGAGGCGCUGGCCAAGAGGCUGCACAGCCUCAGCUCGGGGAGCAGCCAGGAGCUGGCCAGGAUGAAGGAGCAGCGGCAGCAGCUGAGGCAGGAGCUGGAGCAGAGGGAGGCCCAGCACGAAAGCAGACUGAAAGAGAACACAACCAAGUAUGUCGAGCUGUUGGAGGACAGACUGCACAGUAGUUGUGGCUGUCCGGGCUUGGAGCGGAUCUGGGAAGCUGACCUGGAAGCGUGUCACCUGUUCUUGCGAGGCCUCCAGUUGCGGACUCCCAGCUGCAGUGGAGCAGACAUCGAGGACCUUCCGACUGCAGCGGUUUAUCCUCCGGCCCAGCCGUGCACCAAAGAAGAAGAAGACUGUGCCAUGUUGACUGCUUUAGGAGGACGCUGGUGUCCUGAGGCCAACUUACAGAACUCAGAGUUCACUAAGAAAUUGGAGGAGUUUUUGUUCUGCAUGGAGGAUAAUCACCCAGAGGACGGGUGCAGCGAGGCUGCAGACCUGACGGAGCGCUGCGAGCUGAUCAGUGACAGACUAAUGACCUUGGAAGAUGAAUUGCAGACAGCGAUACUAAACCGGGAUCAGGCCCUCACCCAGUCCUUAGAAAAAGAAGUUCAGGAAGUAAAAGCCACUUUGCAAACCAUGCUCACACAGCUCAAAGAGGAGGAAGAGGAGGAAGAGGAUGUGAAUGAAUUACCAGAUGAUGACCUCAUGAAAAAUGAGAUUGAGGAAGAUGAGGAGGAAGAGGAAGAAGAAGAGGACCAGUACUUCAGUGACAGCUGGGACAUCUGAAAUGGAUGCCUGUAGUGUUUUAUGACCACUCUCACACAGACUGGCUCUCUGAGAGCCUGACCUCGGCUUUGCAGUGGAAGUGACCCCGUAUCCAUUUUCCAUAAAGCCUCGCUCAAAGCGCUUUACAACCAGCCUCUGUGGUACUGCUGAAAGUUUCCACCACAAAGUCUGAGUAACAUUUUAUCGACAAAUGAAAAAAAAUAUGAAGGAUUUUGAUAGAAAUGUAGAAUAUGAGACACUUUAAUGCAGUUUUUAGACGCUCCUCAGAUCUUGCCAGCGUAAAUUUAAACCAGGUAAAAAGUUCCUUAGGCCACCGAGCUGACAGUGAUUAUUUCAAGGUGUUUUUGGAUACAGGUUUUCAUAUCAUGUCUUACUAGUACCAAGCAAUCAGAUGAAAUUUCAGGUUCUUUUUUCAGUUUUUACUGUCAGGACAUUCCCAAUUUUAGGUUAUUAUUUAGUAAAUUGAGAGUAAAAGUAAAGUUAAUGAACUAUAUUACAUCCUAAAACAUAGGGUGAGAGUAGUACACCAAGAGAAAAGACAAUACAGCCAGUGAACUGAGUAUCUGUCCAGUGUUUGCUAAUAUUAGCUAACAUUAGCCACCGUUAGCCUCUGGUCAUAUCAGCAAAUCUCACCAAAACCCCUGAGUUCACUGAAAUAAGCAAAGGUUCAUAUGAAUUUUAAUUUUAUUUUGAAAGAUUAGGAAUCCGUUAAAUCCUCUUCCAAAAGUUUCAUACUUUAAAUUCAAAUGGCGAGAACAAAAACCAAACCGAAGCUGAAAAAUUACUGAUCGCUUGAUCUGUUCAAAUUUUGGCCGAGGGACCAUGCGGACAAUCGAAAACAUCCUCUACUGGUAACAAUCUUGCACAUAAACUAAAACAUAUGCUUAAUUUUUAGGGUCAGCUAGCCUCUUUUGCGUGUUUUGUGUACAAUUAUGUGUAAUUUUGACCAUUAAAUAACUCAUUUGUGGUGCUACAGAAUGUGAGCUAACUUGAACACUUUAUUAUUUUUUUGAGUGGAAAUAUGCAAUAUUUAGAUUUUUUUCCUUCCCUCUCUUAAAGCAGUGUAUGCUCGGAGUGAUUCUCAGUACUUUAAAAUAUAUUGUGUCUUAUGCAUGUAGGAAAAACUGAAGGAUAAAAUAUCAGUGGGCACAUAAAGUAAGUAUUUGCAACUGCUGUUUGUUUGUUUGUUUCUAAAAUAAGUUUAUCUGCCACUGAUUAUGUUUUUAUUUUAUGCCAGCUCAGAACAUACUUGUUCAUUCCACUGGGUGUCACUUGACUUUUUUCCAGAAACGUUUUUGUACUUUCACCCAUAAAUCAGUGUUUUUUUAAUUUACCGUGCAGCUUGAACUCGCUGUAUCUUAUAUUUAUUCCUUACAGCAUCACACUAAUUACAGCAUGUAGCAUUCAGCCUAA